UGGGGAGGCGUCGAGGCAAAGGGGAACGACGCUGGGCUUUGGCUUGGGUUCAAGUAUCUGCUCGGCCACUCUUCCUCGCUUUGUAACCUGGGGUGAAUGACACCCCUCUUGAUUCUACCCAUCUGUAAAAUGGGCAGGUUGUAGUAAUGCGUCUCAUAAUUGCUAGGAGUACAGUAGAAAACUAAAGACUUCAUUGGGUUUAGUUCCCCAAUCCCCCUAAGCAGGGAGCUCUCCGAGGCCUCGCCUAGAGCAAUUAGAGCGCGGGACGACUGCUGCUCCAGCUUCAAACUGUUCCCCGCCCUUUUCCCGGGCCACGCUGGGGGCGGGGUGUUUAAAUGUCUCUGUGACGGCAACGCGAGCCGGGCCAAUCCCUCCCGACAAGCGUUAGCUUAUUUGCAUGGGUUGCCCAUUAUUGGUUCGUUGGGCAAUCCAACCCCUCCCAACUUUUUAAAGCCACCGCGCAGUAUAAACAAGGAGAUGCGAGGCGGCCAGGCCAUGAUGUCAUCGCGGCGCAGUAGCUUUCGGGGCUGACGUCAUCUCCGGGGAGGUUGCCGGCCCAGGGCUGUUAGAGCCUUCCUAACCACUCGGACUGGCUUAAGAGCCGCUCCUGCCCCGUCGAAGGUCAGGUCCAUUGCACUUGUGUCCCAGGCGCCGUCCCAAGGAGGGGACCGUGACACAGGUUGUGAGCCCUGGCCCAGCCCCUCCACCCCUCUGCCUCCCCUGAUGCAGCCAUGGGCUCUGGCAGUGACUAGGUGGCUGCCCUCUGCCCCUGUGGGUCAGCGGCGAUUCUCUGCAGGACCCAGCAGCAGCCCAGGCCAGCUCUGGGGAAGGUAGGAGGGAACCUCCCAGUCCUGUGGAGCCCGGAGCCCCUGGUACUGGAGCUUUCAGCCUGGGCUGGGGCACAGGGGCCAGGGGUGGUCGGGCACAGGGCCCUGAGCUGUCUUCCUUCCCCAGUGGGUAGUGACCUUGGCUUCUCUCCAUGCUCUGUGAAUGAGCGGCCCCCGUCAGUGCUACUGGGGCUUCCUCUCUGUGGUGCAGCCCUGGCCGUGAGGGACCCCUGGCCAGCCCACCUACCCAGGAUGAGCGCUUACCCUCCCAGCAGCCGCCGACCCGACCAGCAUACCUCCCCGUAGAGGAGCGCCGAGCCUCGGCUCCUGCCGGCGGGAGCCCCCGAAUGCUGCACCCAGCCUCCCAGCAGAGCCCGUUCAUGGUUGAUCUCCACGAGCAGGUGCACCAGGGACCUGUCCCUCUGUCCUACACAGUCACCACAGUGACGACCCAAGGCUUCCCCUUGCCUACAGGCCAACACAUCCCUGGCUGCAGCACCCAGCAGCUCCCAGCAUGCUCCGUGAUGUUCAGCGGGCAGCACUAUCCCCUCUGCUGCCUCCCGCCCCCGCUGAUCCAGGCAUGUACCAUGCAGCAGCUCCCUGUGCCCUAUCAGGCCUACCCCCACCUUAUCUCCAGUGACCACUAUAUCCUGCACCCUCCACCGCCAGCCCCACACCCCCAGCCCGCUCAUAUGGCGCCUCUUGGGCAGUUUGUGUCGCUGCAGACCCAGCACCCACGUAUGCCCCUGCAGCGGCUCGACAGUGAUGUGGACCUGCGGGGGGAUCAGCACCCCCUGGGGAGCUUCACCUACUCCACCUCUGCCCCGGGCCCAACUCUGUCCCCAUCCGUGCCCCUGCACUACCUGCCCCACGAUACCCUGCACCAGGAGCUGUCCUUUGGUGUGCCAUAUUCCCACAUGAUGCCCCGGAGACUGAGCACCCAGAGAUACCGCCUACAACAGCCGCUCCCGCCACCACCCCCGCCGCCUCCGCCACCACCGUAUUACCCCAGCUUCCUGCCCUACUUCCUCUCGAUGCUGCCAAUGUCACCAACAGCAAUGGGGCCCACCAUCAGCCUGGAUCUUGAUGUGGAUGACGUGGAGAUGGAGAACUAUGAGGCCCUCCUGAACCUGGCAGAGCGGCUGGGAGACGCCAAGCCUCGCGGCCUCACCAAAGCGGACAUCGAGCAGCUUCCAUCGUACCGCUUUCAUCCCGACAGCCACCAGUCAGAGCAGACGCUGUGUGUCGUCUGCUUCAGUGACUUCGAGGCACGGCAGCUGCUCCGGGUCCUCCCCUGCAACCACGAGUUCCACACCAAGUGUGUCGACAAGUGGUUGAAGGCCAACCGGACGUGUCCCAUUUGUCGGGCUGACGCUUCCGAGGUGCCCAGGGAGGCUGAGUGAGGUCCACAGCCACCCAGGAGAACCCUGCCCAAAGCUCUGGAAACUCCGGGGGCCCCGGAAGGCCGGGGAGGGCGUGGCCCAGGCCUGCCCUGCCGUUCCUGCCUGCAUCUCCAGAGCUGGUGCCAGGGUCAGCCCGAGAGAAGCCCCUGCAAUAAGCCCUUGCAUUUGCCAAGCUCCAAAGACUCCCUCCCCGUUUGCCCACCAGUCUAAAAGACGCCCGCCAGGGAGCGGCCUGAGUCCCUAACUCAGUCUCUCCUGUUUGCCCUCGGGUCUGUCUCCUUUUCUUGCCGGCCCUGGGAGCCAGGGGUUCAUUCCCCUCGUGUGGCUGGUGGAGAUCCUUGGCCCCGGGAUGGGCAAAGGGGGUGCUGUCCUCGGUCGCCUGGUCUCUUGCACUGAAGUGGUGUGCUCUCUGCUCAGGUGGCACUGACAGGCGUGGACAGACAGUGGCAGGAGGCCAGUGGGUUCUCCUGCCUUGACCCCAGACAGACUCAGGCAGCCAGCCCCACCCAGGUUGCUGUGGGGUGGGGCUGGCUCCCUAGAGGACCCUCACCUCGGGUACAACAUUCCUGCCCCAAGCCCAGGCUGGAGGGCAUCAGAGCCAACCUCCCGAGCAGGUGGGAGGCAGGCCCUGACCCGGGACGGCAUGUAUCCUGAGGGGGCCUGGACCAGGCCAGGGAGAGUGAUUUCCUGUGUUGCUGGUGGCUGCCCCUGCCUGGCGGUGACAGGGCCCAGACCCAUGCCCCAUCUCCCCUCUCUGUCGUUUUGCAUGAACGUGAGGAGCAGCAGUUUUUGUUUAUUCAUUUGGCCCAAAAUCACGUGUAGGAUUUGAGGGUGUGGAUUUUUUAAACAAUUUCUUUUCUUUUGGUUUAAUGGGCGGGGGGGUGUAUAGGGACCAACAAGGACCAGGUGCCCAGGGGCAGGGAAUGGUCUAGUGGUGCCGCCUGGUCUGCAUGCAUGUGCGCGGCUGGGGCGGGGCCAGGCGGCUGGCGGUCAUGGGUGGGGUUGGGGGGGCGGGGGGGGGUCUGUGCUCAGCUGAUAACUGCCAUGCACUGUACUGCACACGUCCCCAGAGCCUACCGGGACCGUACGCUUUUCAGGGCAUUUCUCCCUCUCUAGCCAGGGCCUGUCUCCCACCUGCCUGGGCGUGUCUCCUCCAGGGAAGUCCCAGGGGGACAGGGUCCAAGGAGGGUGUGGACCCCGCCUCCAGGGGCCCCCUCCCAGCCUGAGCCCUGCCCUCCAAGACCUGGAGGAGCCCCCGGAGGGUCUGGCCGAGCUCCCUACCCUCACCCACCCGGGUCCCAUUCCGUUUCUUCCUCACCCCCCCGCUGGGGUUGCUGCCCCGAACGAACCGCGUGUGGGGCCGGCACAUCCUAGCAGGCAGCCCCUGGCGCCUGCUGCCUCAGGGAUGCUCCAACCACCCUCGUUCUCCCGCAGCGGCCCUGGCCCACCACCUCCCCCCAGCCUGCCGUGGGGCCCCAUCAGCCUGGCCCCCACCCCAUGGAGAACCCAGAGUCUUACUGUAUAUAACUCCAGGUGACAUUUCUAUAUUUAUAGCAGUGUUGAAACCCCACCUGUUUUACACAGAGAACUACCCUCUCCGACCCCCUCCCUUCCCCACCCCCCAAAAAAAAGGUUUUCGAAACCCUUAACGGUUCCUGGGGCAGGUGGAAACAGGCUCACGGAUGGUGUGUUGACUGCAGCAGUGAUUCCAACGAGCAGCUAUUGGGGGGGAAACACAACAUUUAAAAAAAAAAAGUAAAAAAAAAAGAUUUAUAAAACAAUUAUUUAGGAUGUUUGUGAUUUGCCGACCUUGCUAUAGAUGCCAUGUUACCAAUGAUUUCCUGUGGUGGGGGCUUGUCAUUGUUUACUCUUUUAUUUACCAACUUCUGGCCUAGGCAUGACAGUGGGUGCUGUCCCCCAGCCCUGGCUGGGCCCAGUGCCUGUGUUCUGUGUUAGAAAGGUCUUUUAUAUAUAUAUAUAUAUAUAUAUAUAUAUAUAAAAUUACAUAUAUAUAUAUAAAUAUAUGUAAUUUGGGGGGCCCUGUUCCUUGCACAUUUUACAGUUACCUCAUUUUUCCCAUGUAUGUAUUUGAGAAAAUGCUAAUAUAUAGAGAAAAAAAUGGUUCUUAAAGCUUAAAUGUGUGGUUUUCUCCAUUCCAUUGGAUUCACAUUGGUUUGUAGCAUUUAACAUAACUAGUAUGUUGUAUUAUAUAUGUGUAUACUGAUUGAAAUUUUUAACAGAUUUGUACUUUUUUUAAAAUGAAACUUGCUAGUUCUGCUUGACCAAGUAGUGCAAUCAUUAUUUUUUUUAAUAUUGUUGCUGAUUUCAGAGGGAUAUUCACUAAUAAUAAAUGUAUGAUGUAUAUCGAGUACUGCCCAA